CAGAAAUGGAGCCAACUGAGAAAGAAUCUUUGCAGGAAACAGCAGCAGCUGUAGACCCAGAAGUUGAAGAACCAACCCAGGAAAAAGAAUCCAAGAAGAGAUUUUCUCCUGAUAAUGCCAAACUAAUGCAGGAGGCCAUCUCAAAACUAAUGAAGGAUAACCCGAUUGCUCACAAGAAACUUGAAGAGUUCAAGGAGAUGCAGCCAUUGUUCCAACCUCAUGCAUUCUGGGAUACCCAGCCAGUCCAAAAAGUAACAGAGACCAUGGGCAGAUCUAAAGUAACUCCUGGCCCAAUUGAAGAGAAGAAGAAAGAUGAAAUCGAUACUGAACCAAUCAAACUGGCAGAUGGAUUCGAAUGGUGCAAGAUUGAUAUUCAUAACGAGGAGCAUGCAAAGGAGCUCUAUGACCUACUCAAUAAGCACUAUGUUGAAGAUGAUAAGGGUUCAUUUAGAUUUGAUUACACUAUUGACUUCCUUAAAUGGGCUCUUUGCCCUCCAGGUUAUAAGCCUAAAUGGCAUAUUGGUGUCAGAGCUACUAAGAGCCAAAAAUUAUUUGCGUUCAUCUCAGGAAUUCCGGUAAAUUUAAAUAUCAUGGGAGAAGAAGUUAAAUCAAGUGAGAUUAAUUUCUUAUGCGUCCACAAAAAGCUUAGAUCUAAACGUCUUUCCCCCAUACUGAUUAAAGAAGUUACCAGGAGAAUCAACAGGACUGAUAUCUGGCAAGCUAUCUAUACCUCUGGGACUCUCAUUCCAAAGCCAUUCUCUGGCACACUCUACUACCACAGACCAUUGAACUACAAGAAGCUCGUAGAUAUUGGCUUCAGCAAGAAGACUAAGCAUUUUACUGCCAAGAAAAAGUUGUACAGCCUCCCAGAUGAACCAGAAACUCUCGGAUUCAGGAAACUAAGAAAGAAGGAUAUUAAGAAAGUUUACCCUCUGGUCAAGGAAUACCUUUCGAAGUUCAAAGUGUCUAUGAGCUUCAGUCCUGAAGAAGCAGUCCAUUACCUCAAUUAUAGAGAAGGAGUCAUCUAUAGUUACGUAGUUGAGGAUCCUGAGACUAAGGAAAUAACUGAUUUUGUCUCCUUCUAUGCCCUCAACUCAUCAAUCCUUGAUAAUGAGAAGUAUGACCUAAUGAAUGUAGCUUACUGCUGGUAUCACUGCAGCACAAAGACCCCUAUAGAGAAAUUGCUAAAAGAUGCCACAAUCAUGGCUAAAAAUGAGGGUUUCGACCUCUUCCAGAUGCUCAAUGUCAUGGACAACGAAGCCGUAAUGGAAGAGCUAAAGUUCAUCCAAAGUGCUGGAAAUCUCCACUACUACCUCUUCAACUACAGAUUGCCAAGCAUCAAGCCUGAAGAUAUUGGAAUUGUGCUGGUGUAAAUACAAGGAACUGCCCUAUUCAUCCCAGAGUUCUUUGAAUUAGUUAAAGAGCAAAAUAUUCAAC